CUUACCCCACACUGCCCUUUCGAUCCGCAAAAAUUUCGGGAGAGCUUAUUUUUUUUUUUCGAACAACGCCUUUUUUACCUUCGAGAAGGCGAAGAAAAAAACACAAGGCACACAAAUCGCGAGAAGGACCCUCGCGAAAACAAAGAACGUCGCACGCGUUGCCUCCGUCGCUCCUUGCCGUGUCUUGCACCUGCUUCGAUCCUAGAAACCUCCCAAAGCUUCAAUCCCAGUCCCACCCCAGGAUCUAAUAUCUGGAAAGCGAUCGAGCACACGAAAGAAGAAAAAAAAUGGCCGACUUUGUCGUGAAGCCCGAGGCCGUCACGCCUGAGGUUGAUACAUCGGACUGGCCGCUGCUCUUAAAGAAUUUCUCAUCGCUCAGCAUCCGUUCUUCAAAGUACACUCCGAUUCCCGCCGGCUGCGCGCCGCUGAAGCGGGACAUCAAGUCCUAUGUGUCGAGCGGUGUGAUCAACUUGGACAAGCCGUCGAACCCUUCUUCCCACGAGGUCGUCGCGUGGGUCAAGCGCAUGCUUCGUGUCGAAAAGACAGGCCACUCGGGUACUCUCGAUCCCAAGGUUACAGGCUGCCUCAUCGUCUGCGUUGACCGCGCAACACGUCUGGUAAAGGCCCAGCAAGGUGCAGGCAAGGAGUACGUGUGCUGCAUCCGUUUCCACGACACCAUCCCCGGCGGCGAGACGGCAUUUGUUCAGGCUCUCGAGACCCUUGGGGGUGCCCUGUUCCAGCGCCCGCCCCUCAUCUCUGCUGUCAAGCGACAGCUCCGCAUUCGCUCCAUCUACAAGAGCAAGCCCAUUGAGUUCGACAAUGAGCGGCACUUGGCUGUCUUUUGGGUCUCCUGCGAGGCCGGAACUUACAUCCGGACGCUCUGCGUCCAUCUUGGUCUCCUGCUCGGUGUCGGAGCCCACAUGCAAGAGCUCCGCCGUGUCCGAAGUGGUGUGAUGUCCGAGACCGACGGCAACCUUGUCACUCUGCACGAUGUUCUGGAUGCCCAGUGGCGGUACGACAACGGAGGCGAUGAGUCGGCCCUCCGCAGAGUUAUCCAGCCCCUGGAAACUCUUCUAGUCACCUAUCCCCGGAUUAUUGUUAAAGAUUCUGCGGUGAAUGCUGUGUGCUACGGAGCCAAGCUGAUGUUGCCUGGGCUUCUCCGAUACGACCCUAAUAUCCAGCUUCAUGACGAGGUUGUUCUUACGACAACUAAGGGUGAGGCCAUCGCUAUCGCCAUUGCCCAAAUGGGACCUGCUGAGAUGGCUACUUGCGAUCACGGCACCGUUGCAAAGGUUAAGCGGUGUAUCAUGGAGCGUGACCUCUAUCCCCGCAGGUGGGGGCUUGGUCCCGUUGCCCUGGAGAAGAAGAAGAUGAAGGCGGACGGAAAGCUGGACAAGUUUGGACGGCCCAACGACGCCACUCCUGCAAAAUGGACCAAGGAAUACAAGGACUACAACCCGCUUCCCGAGACUACGGACGCUGCGGCGGCGGCUGCGCCCGCCACGCCCGCUGUGCCUGAAAAGGCAGCGGAGAAGGUAGCACAGCCGUCUCCUGCCAAGGCGGCAGAGGAGAACGACAAGAAGCGGAAGAAGCACGACGGCGAGACGGCGGAGGAGAAGGCCGAGCGCAAGCGUCUCAAGAAGGAGAAGAAGGCCAAGCGGGCGUCGAUGGGUGGGAAGGCUGAUAACGAUGACAGUGAUUGAGAGACAUGAAGAAUGACGUUUUGUAUUCCAUUCUUGUUCCGUCUCUCUCCUCUCUAUUUCUAGUGUUUUUGUUUUUUUCGGUUAUCGGGGCUUUCCUCUUGUGUCUCCGAGAGGUUGGACUGCAACGGGCGUUUUUUUCUGGCGGGGAAAACGGCGUUACGCAUGGGCUUGGCUGGGCGUAUUGAAAUGCAAAUGAGGCACUCUUCUGUUUUAUGGUUUGGCAAGUGUGUUUAAGUGUGUGUGUGUGUGUGUGUGUGUGUGUGUAUGUGUAUGGAUGGACGUAGUAUUCGUACAUACUUCCCUAGCCAGAAGGAGAUGUCUC